AUGUGUUGCUAUUUUGACGAUACUUACUUUCCGCCAUUUUGUUUCUCCUCACUUUCUUCUGUUUUAACUUAUUUUUCAUUUACGAUUUCCUUUUUACCAAAUGCAAAAUCUGUAUUUCUUGCUUUUUUUUUCUCGUCCCCAUUUUCUUCCUGUUUAUUUAUUCUUUCUUUAUUUAUUGAUUGCUAUCUUUCGUUCAUUUUUUUCUUUCUUUCUUUAUUUCUAUCUUUCUUUCUUUUUGUCUCUUCCUUUCUUUUUAACUUUCUUUCUUUCUUUCUUUCUAUAUUUAUUUUUUCUUUCUUUUUAUUGCUAUCUUUCUUUUCUUUCUUUCUUUCUUUCUAUAUCUAUUUUUCUUUCUUUUUAUUGCUAUCUUUCUUUUCUUUCUUUCUUUCUUUCUUUCUUUCUAUGUAUCUCCCUUUCUUUCUAACUUUCUUUCUUUCUUUCUAUAUUUCUUUCUUUCUAUUCCCCCCUAGCCUUUUCGUUCUCUUUCUCUUUCUUUCCGAUCAUACAACCCUCAUAGCCCUUUCUUUCUCUUUCUCUUUUUCUCUCUUUCUCUUUCUUUCUCCUCAUAUAGCACUCAUAAUCCUUUCGUUCUUUUUCCCUUUCUCUGUCUCUAUCUCUUUCUCCCUCUUUCACUUUCUCUUUCUUUCUCCUCAUAUAGCCCUCAUAGCCCUUUCGUUCUCUUUCCCUUUCUCUUUCACUUACUCUCUCUCUCUUUCUGUUCAUAUAUCCCUCAUAGCCCUUUCUUUUUCUUUCUCUCUCAAUCUGUACAUACAUCCCUCAUUGUCCUUUCUUUCUCUUUAUUUUACUCUUUCUCUCUCUCUCUCUCUCUGCUCAUAUAACCCUCAUAGCCCUGUCGUUCUCUUUCCCUUUCUCUUUCCCUUUCUCUCUCUUUCUUUCUCCUCAUACAGCCCCCAUAGCCCUUUCGUUCUCUUUCUCUUUCUCUUUCUGUUCAUACAUCCCUCAUAG